CUGCUCUUGCCUCAGCUUGAUGUGUACUCCAUGCCUGGGCCCCUGUCCCAAGGUCUGCCACCUCCUGGAAGGUGAGAAGACCAUUGACUCGGUGACAUCUGCCCAGGAGCUCCGAGGCUGCACGGUCAUCAACGGGAGCCUGAUCAUCAACAUUCGAGGGGGCAACAACCUGGCAGCUGAGCUAGAGGCCAACCUUGGACUCAUUGAAGAAAUUUCAGGAUAUCUGAAAAUCCGCCGAUCCUAUGCUCUUGUGUCACUUUCCUUCUUCCGGAAGUUACGUCUGAUUCGGGGAGAGACCUUGGAAAUUGGAAACUACUCUUUCUAUGCCUUGGACAACCAGAACCUAAGGCAGCUAUGGGACUGGAGCAAACACAACCUCACCAUCACUCAGGGGAAGCUCUUCUUCCACUAUAAUCCCAAACUCUGCUUGUCUGAAAUUCACAAGAUGGAGGAGGUUUCGGGAACCAAGGGGCGCCAGGAGAGGAACGACAUCGCCCUGAAGACCAACGGGGACCAGGCGUCCUGUAAGUGGCAAUGCCCUGGUCCUUCCAGCCUGUGGACCAGAUAAUGUGGCU